AUGGCUCACUUACCGGACAUUGUUAUCAACCAAAUCUUCCGAAUGGUUGACACCAAAACCGCUGUCCGCAUGAGCUUUCUUUCUAAGCAAUGGGAAGGCAUGUUGUCUUCACUCCCCGUGAUAGAUUUUGACGAGGGUGAUUAUCAACAGUUCCACAAAGACGAGUUGUCGAUUCAGCACAACCAGUUCAUCAACAUCUUACAUGAUUAUUUGAAAGUAUGUGUCAAAGAUCGCGAAGCAAAACCGACAACCCUCUUGGAUAAAUUUAGGCUUCGGAUGACAAGAUACUCAUCCAGAGACGCCAGUAUUGUGUAUAAGUUACUGUCUUGUUCAAUCGAGAGAGGAGUGAAAGAGUUAGAUAUCAGCCUUGGAGGGUUUACCGUGAAACGUUACUACUACCUGUGCCGGACCAACCUUAUCAAUGCAAAAACUCUGAUCACUCUAAAUUUGGAGCAUGUUAGAAUGAAGAACAUUGACAGUUUUGUCGAGCCUAUUGACUACUCUGUCUCUGUGCGCCUUCUUCCUUCUUUGAAAACCAUGUCUCUUAAAACUGUUCAAUUCGAUCACAAUGCUCUCUUCUUCUUAGUUUGGGAAUGCCCUUACAUUGAGCAUCUAUCGUUAGCUUCAUGUUCUUUUGAAUUCCCCGAGAUUCUUCUUAAAAGUCAUACACUCAAAUCCAUGGAAAUUAAGAACUGCAAGGCUUCGAAAGCUGAACUUCACCUCGAACAUCUUGAAUCUCUUACCAUCAUUUCAUCAGACUUUCCGUUGACAAGUGUGGACUUGAAAAGAUGCUUGGAAUUGAAACAUGUCAUCUGGAGUCCAAAGUUUCUUUAA